CGGGCGAUGUCGGACUCGGAGGAGGAGGAGGAGCGCCCCGACCGGCAGCUCAAGAUCGUGGUGGUGGGCGACGGCACCUCCGGCAAGACCUCUUUAGCCACACGCUUUGCUCAAGAAGCUUUUGGGAAGCAGUACAAACAAACCAUAGGACUUGACUUCUUUUUGAAAAGAAUCACACUGCCAGGAAAUGUAAAUGUUUCUCUUCAGGUAUGGGAUAUUGGUGGCCAAACAAUAGGAGGCAAGAUGUUGGAUAAAUAUGUCUAUGGUGCACAGGCUGUCCUUCUGGUGUAUGAUAUCACCAACCAGCAGAGCUUUGAAAACUUGGAAGAUUGGUACAGUGUUAUAAAGAAGGUCAACGAAGAGUCAGAAACUCAGCCACAUGUGGCACUGGUAGGCAAUAAAAUUGAUUUGGAGCAUCUGCGGACAGUCAAGGCUGAUCGGCACCAUCGCUUCUGUCAGGAAAAUCACUGUAGCAGCCAUUUUGUGUCAGCCAAGACAGGUGAUUCUGUCUUCCUGUGUUUUCAAAGAAUCGCUGCCGACAUCCUUGACGUCAAAUUAAACAGAGCGGAAAUAGAGCAGUCACAGCAUGUUGUCAGGGCAGAACUAGUGAAGUAUCCUGAAGAUGAUAGCCAACAGGCCAACAUGCCCGACUGUCAGAGUAAAACCUGUUCAGUGCAGUAGGUCAGAGGGUGGUGAAGGCAGAUAUUGUAAAUUACAGCCAGGAGCCUGUGUCAAGAAAAGUCAACUCUCCUAGAAGCUCAAUGUGUACAAUUCAGUGAAUGUUUUCUUCUUUUUUU